AUGAUUGUUCAAGGCACUGCUGGCACUGGUAAAUCAUUUUUAAUAGAUUGUAUUAGAAAAGAAUUAAACAUAUCUCCACCUAUGACGGCAAACCCAUUGCUUGUUUUAGCACCAACAGGAGUUGCUGCAUUUAAUAUACAAGCGACAACAAUCCAUGCAGGGUUGCGCAUACCUAUAAGAGAAAUGCAUCCUUUGACAGGGCAAUCAUUAAUGACAUUGCAAGAGCAAUUGAAACAUAUCAAAUAUAUUCUGAUAGACGAAAUGAGCUUUUUGGGCCCGAAACUACUACUUAAGAUAGAUAACCGUUUACGCCAAGCAUUCCCUAACAAACAACAUGACAACUUUGGUGGCGUGUCCAUGAUUCUUGUUGGUGAUCUUGCUCAGCUUCCCCCUGUUAUAGAUAAACCUAUAUAUGCUUCACACUCUACAGCCCUCAGUUUAUGGCAUUCUUUUACUAUUGUCAUAACAUUGGACACUAUUUUCCGCCAGCAAGGUGCAUCUAUAAGACAACAACAAUUCAGAGCACUUCUUCACAACUUAAGAAACGCUCAAGCACUCCAACAUGAUUGGCAGUUUCUAAUGUGCCAGACAAAUGCAACAUUAACUAUUCAACAAAAGAAAGAUUUCAACUCUUCAAUCCACUUGUUUGCAACAAAUGAAUCUGCACGCUUGCAUAACAGGAAAAUGCUCAAAGAAUUAAAUUUGCCUGUCGCUCUAAGUUUAGCUAAAAUUGCUAAGCAAACAAAUACUGAAUAUGACACCAAUGAACAGCUACCAUUGGAAGUAUUACUUUCUAUUGAUCAGCAAGUGAUGUUAAUAGCUAACUUGUGGAUCAAAGUUGGCCUUGUUAAUGGUGCUAUUGGUCUCAUAAAACAAAUUGUAUAUGAAAACAAUACAAAACCACCAAACUUGCCAAAAUAUGUGGUUGUCCAAUUCAAUGAUUAUAAUGGACCUCCAUGGGAUAUAGCACAUCCAAAAGAUAUACCCAUUUUGCCAAUAACGUGA